AUGUGCAGCUAUGGCGAGCCGCUACCCUUUCCGCAGCGGUCGUUUGCCUUCGACGAUGCGUGCGGGUCACAAGCUCCAAUUCUCGAUGUGUGGACCCCGUUCAAUGGCCUCUUUGCACUGAUCAUGCUUGGCGGCAACGCGACGCAUGCCUGUACUCACGUGCCGUCGGCGCCAGCGGCCUGCGAGCGGCAGCUGCAAGCGACGACGCGGGCCUACCGCCAUCUCAUCAGCACGACAAAACACGAUACGGUGCUAGCAGCGGCGCAGGCGGUGUUGCCACUGCACCUUUCGGUGAUGCAGUUUGUCCUCGACGCACAAGACAACUUGUACAUUGACCACAUGGACCUAUUGCAUGGCGACUUUAGCUUUCUCGGCUGGCUGCGCGUCUAUGACUGGGCGAUGCUGCAGCGCGAAGCGGUUCGCUUUGAAGGCGACCACGACGCGAUGACGCUCAUGUCGUACGCCUACGCCUUGCUGCCGCUACCGAGCGCGUUAAAUGGGUACAGCGCGAGUUGGUAUCUCUGGUUCGUCUCGAGUGCCGUGUCGGUCGUUCUCUGCCUCGUUGCGCUCCUCGCAACCGUGCUAUGGCUUCGUACGCGCACGGAGCAUGUGCAGUGGACAGUCUUUACUCGCGUGGCGUCGGCUGUCUGGCUCAACCGCAGCGCCCUCGUUGUACGCAGUCUCACAUCUGUCCUGGCCUUGUCCACGGCCUCGGUGCAGCCGCGCACGGCCAAGACGGCCACGCAAUUGCAUGUGGACCACCAUCCUCUUCUGCUGACGCUGGUCCUGGCCAGCGAGGCCACGUGGUUGAGCUACGCGUGCCACGACGUCCUCCAUCCGCUCACAAUGCCCUACACGCGCUUGUAUGCACCGCUGAGCUCGGCUCUCUCGUGGGUCAGUAUCGCAGCUUUGGACAGUCUUGCGCCCAUGACAUCGUCGAUUCACCUCGAACGACACUGCUCCUUGGCCAACAUGGACUGGCAAGUCUACUGUCAUAGCGGCAGCAUUCAGAUCGGGGCACCACUUCGGGCACUCACCAUCGUCGGCGUGCAAUUGGCAUCGAUCGUCGUCGCAUAUACAAUGAUCCGCUGCCGUGCAUCGGCGGCCGUCGCGCCAAGUAGCGAUGUUGGCGCGCCACCGCUUUUGUAUCACUCGUCGGUCAUUGCAUUUGCAAGCUUGGAUGCGAACGGCUGCCUCGAUGUGGUCACGGCGGCCAUGGCAGGUCUCCUCAACCUGCCGCGCGAUCGCGUCUUCCACGUCAACCUGUGGCGCUCGGUCCACCGCCCGUCGCUUUCACUACCGAUACCAUGCUUGGCCUCACCCCGCAAGUCCAAGGGCCCCGUUUUGCACAAACUGUAUGAAAAGGCACGCUGGCUUACAUUGUCCGGCUGCGUCGUGUACAUUCUGGCAACCUUGACAAGCAAUGUCCUCUACUACUCAGUGGUCGCCAACAACCUCAGCAACGACUAUGGCUGGGCCGGCUUCAACAGCUCGGGGGCUCAAGCCUUUGUGGCCAAUGUGUACAAUCGACAACUCAUGCUGAGAACGCACGAACCGACGUUUUUGCUCGAUGAUCCAGGCCACGGCGACUUGAGUCAGCUCUACAACACGUCGACGACGGUCAUUCUAUGGGCCGAGUCGAGUGCCCGUCGAGAGCUGUUUGCGAAAUCGUCCUUGGACGUUGUUGUCGCGAACCUGCGGCGCAUGCACCCGUGCCGACUCCCCUGGAUGUUUACGCAGUACUGCUGGCUCGACUUGAACAAGAAUUGGGAGAUGGCGGCCACAGCGUCCCGCCAAGCGCGGUGUGCAACGAGCAUGAUGUCCAAUGGCGCCGUGUACCUCGAAACGGGUCUGCGAAACCUCAACAACUGGACGACGUGGGACACUUGCUGGGGCGAUUCCUGGCAGAUUGGCUUUGUAAAGCACUUGGAAACCUCCCGCGUAGGACAGACGUGGCUGGACAGCAUUCAAAAAAGCGACACGCUCUCCAUUGAAGACGAAGUACGUGUCUGGGAAGCCCAUGGAAUCUCGACCUUUGCGCUGCAGUGGCAAAACUACAAGACGCCAGGCAUGGACGACAACAUUCUAAUUCAGAGUGCACUGGGAAUGACGUACCCACUCCAGCUCAGUCAAUCGGUGGCGAGUGUUCACACAAGUCAGCAAACGUCGUUUAAAAUGUACUGGUCGCUGGCCAGCGAUCUCUGGGCGAUCACCACCAACACCACUGGCAUCGAGGGUGCCAGUCUACUGCGGGGAAGCUCCCUCUUUGCGUUUGCCAAUGUAUCGACAAGUGCAAUUCUGGCACGCAACACGACCUUGGUCCUGCCGCUCACGGCGGGGUUUUCCCUCUUUACAACGGCGGUUGGGCCCUUUGGCGCUAUCGAUCUCGCUUACGUCCUGCCGCCGAGGAGUCUACUAGCCUUCUACAACGGUGUCCUCCACAACUUGACACACCUCGUGGUGAGUGAUCGUGACGCGCAAGCAGCAUUUGUGGGUCUCACACUCCAGGCACACUACCAGCCAGUGCCGUUGGAGGUCGUCGCGAAUCCGAACUUGCUUCUCGGUGGCGGCAACAUCUUUUGUGGCAAUGACGUGGCACCAUGGCCGGCCGCGAAUGGCAUGUACGUCGGCUUUAGCGUCACUAGCAUGUGCCACUCGGUCUUCACGGGGUAUCUCAUGCCGACGCCAUCGUCCGAGCUGUUUAGUCUUCUUGGCGCAGACAUCCAAGCCGCCGACCUUGAUGGGACCUGUUACUUGGACACGCUGCAGCCGUCGCAGUGCGCAGCGCAGCGAAAGACGGCCAUGGCAUUUCUAGCGACCUACCGCGAUGCCUUUGCUUCCGCGUCGUUCCUUCGCGCGUCGGCGAUCGUCGAUAUCGACGCGCUGAAUGUCUCGAUGCUCCAGUACCUUUUGGAUGCAAGUACGGAGACGAUUGUGCAGCGCUUGUAUCGACUAAACGACCCGUCCGAUCGCGCCUGGUCGUUCUAUGGUCGCAUCACGACCAUCUCGUCGGCGGCACCCGCGCUCAGCAUGGUGCCAAAUCCCAAUGCGAUUCCAUCGAGCUUUUCAUCGUUAUCGGGCUACUGCGUUCAAUACAUCACGAUUGUCCUCAUCCUUGUGAGCGCAACGCUCGUGCUCGCCUUAGCAUACCACCGCGGCCACAUGGAGUGCCUCAACCUUCUCUGCGUCAACCGCAUUGUUGGUAUGGUCUGGCUCGGCCGACCGUUUGUGCUUGUGCGCAGUCUCUCGGCGAUCUGGCUCCUCAACACGAGCCCCCUCACGCUCGUGCAAGCGGGGGUGGGCACCUACUUAACGUCGCCGCCAUUAGCGUGGUACACAACGCUGCUCGCCACGUCCGAGAUGACAUGGCUCGUUUACGUCCUCAACGAUCUCUUCUCGUGUGUCUCGCAGCAGUACACCUCUCUUUACGCCUCCAAAAGCUCGACGCUGACCUGGAUUGUCUCCUUUGUAUGGACGCUCCAAUCGCCACAGCUCUACGCCGCGACGAUCGACCGACACUGUGUAGCGACUGAUAUGGACCUCCACCUCACGUGUGUCAGUGGCGUGAUUGCCGUUGGCAGCCUGCAUCGCCUCGGAUACUCGAUGGCCCUCAUCUGCAGCUGCGUUAUCGGGACCUACCUGGUCCAGCGGCUGCGGUACCCGGACUGGCCACCACGUGAAAUUCCAUCGGUUGUCCUCAACGCGCAGAGCUACUACUUGAUGCGACUGCAUGCGGUCGAUGGCGCCCUUUUGCUCGACAAGACAUCGGCGAUCAUGGCCGGUCUCUUAUCGUACGAGUUUCAAGGUCGCGUCUACUUGAUGGACGUCAAGAGUUGGCGCGUGUGGCAUGAACCGUCGACACUCAAUGCCCAUCGGCGCGCGUCCCACGUCUUGCCCCGCCUCGAAUGAUCUCUUGAUGUGACCCCGGACUAGGUUCCUCUCGCC